GCGCGCUGAAUUUUCUCCGACAAAUUAUUAAAGUUUAACCUGAGCAAAAUAUUAAUUAAACAGUUCUGCAGAUUUGCAUUACAAACAAAACAAUAUGGACUUCGAUGGCACACAGUCGUUGAGCAGUAUUUUACAGCCGGAGGAGUUGCAACUAGUGCCAGACAAUAUUCAAGUAAAACUGACGGCAUUUAUUGAAAAAUUUUCUGAUGAAUAUUGUAAGGAGCGAGCUGCUGCAAAUCGCCUAGCUGAAACAGAACAAAAGAAUGAGGAGCUGCAAAGCCAACUACUCGAUAACCAGGUGAAGUUUACUAACUUUGAGCAAAAUGUAGCCGAGUUGCGCAACCAGCUGGAUCAAGUGUCUGCCGAGCGUGAUCAGCUGCUGGAAUCUGUUAAGAAUUACGAUCAAAAUUUGACCACAUUGCGCAAGGAGAAAGUUUCCUUUGUCGAUGAGCGUGACUCACUGCUGAAGGUGAUUGAGCGGCAGAAUGGCGAGUUGGAACGCUUGAAGCAGGAUCUGCAGACUUAUCAGCAGCAGCUAAGGGCUGCCAUCACAGCUAAGUGUGAGGCUAUCGCCCGUUUGGAUGAGGUGCAGAGCAAAGAGGUAUCGCUGGAUAUCAAAGAGCGGCGCUUGGAGAGCGAGCGUGCCAUGUUGCAGAAUGAGAUUCAAGUGCUCAGCAGCGAUCUAAAUCGUAACAACGCCGAGUUACAGAAUCUGCGACGUGACCAUGCUAUGAACACCAUGCACUUGGAGGUGCGCCUCAAGGAGAAGUGCGACGAGCUGCAAAUAGUCCAGAACCAGAAUGCACAGUACUCGAAGACCAUUGAGGAAUUGAAUAAGAAAAUUGAGGAUCUCAAUGAGAGCAUGUUCCAGCACAAUAUGGCAACCGAAAAGUUUGUGGACAAGCUGAAGAAGGAACUGGACUCGAAAGAGAAGCUGGUUGAGAUCUAUAAGAGUACAGAAAGUGAGAAUGUCGCUGAGCGCAACGAACUGCUCAAGGGCAUCUCGGAUUUGAAGCGCAUGUUGAGCGAUACCACGGAUCAGUAUGGUGAGCUAGAGGCAGAGUUCCAACUCGCGAAGCAGACUCAUGCCGAAGAGCUGAAUGAAAAGAAUGCAACUAUUGAGUCUCUGAGGACGGAGAUAGCACAUGCGAAUGAUUUGCUGAAAGAGGCACAAGAGCAGAGCUUGGAGAGCGCCAUUUGCAAAUUGGCGCCAACGGCUGCCGUUGCCAGUCGUCUGAUGCGGUCUGACAUGUCGCUCACCGAGCUCUACUCGCUGUACGCCAAGAAUUCCGAAGAGCUGGAAGCUAAGAACCGCGAGAAUGCUCAGCUUAAGCUGCAGAUCAAAUCGAUUGUGGAUGAAAUCAAUGAGCGUGCGCCUGUCUUCAAGAAGCAGGACGAAGAGUUCAGCAAACUGACCGAGGAGCAUCAGCUGCUGUUACAACAACGGGAUGAGCUGGUGGACAAGAAGCUGGCACUCGAACAGGAGCUGGAGCAGGCCAAUUUCGAUGUCACACGCCACGUCAAGGAGAACAAAAAGCUGAAGCAAUCGCAAGUCGAUUUGAGCCGCCAAGUGUGCCUGCUGCUGGAUGAGCUCAAUUGUCUACGUGCUGGCGUGAGUCGAUCCCGUAGCCAGACACCACACGGCGUCGUACACAACUCCAGUGAUGCUAUCAGUCGAGAUCUGGUCACAUUCGAGUCCAUUGUCGAGCUGCAGGAGCAAAAUGUGAAGUUGCUGGCGCUAAUCCGUGAAUUGACAACCGAACUGGAGGCCAACGAGCAAAAGAAUGAUGAACUGCAGCUAAAGGCAUUCGAGGAGAAAUUCGAGAAGGCCACCAAGCGUCUGGUCGAAAUGGAGGAGUCUCUUAAUCAGAAGAACAACACCAUUUCUACCUUGAUUGCCAAGUGUGAGCGCUACAAGAAGUUCUAUUUCGAUGCCCAGAAGAAGUUGGGCAGCCAGAUCAUCGAUUUGGACGACUCCACCGUGCUCAUCGACGAGUCCCAAUCGGAACAAGCAAAGACAGUGGAGAAGACGCAACAGCUGGAGGCAGAAGCCAAAUUGGAGCGACGUAUACGCAGCUUGGAGCAGCAACUGGACGAUGAGGCGAAGAAGUAUGCAGCUCUUAAGGAGAACUACGACUACUAUACCAGUGAGAAGCGCAAGAAUGAUGCACUUGUUCAGGAUCAAUUUGAUUCGAUGCGCAAGGAGGUCCGAGAGCUCACCUCCAUCAACUGCAAACUGAUGAACGCCUCCGAGUUCCAAAAGGAACAAAUGGAACUGCUGCACAAGGGUAUAGCCACAUACAAACAACAAAUAGCAGCUCUGGAGGAUCGCACCAAGAACUACGAGAAGACGAUCAUAAAGCAUGAGCAGACCGUGCACAUGCUCAAGGACGAGGUGAUGUCCGCCCACCGCAAACAGGUCGCAUCCGAGACGGAGGCACACAGCUUGCGUCACGAGAAUCGUGUACUUAAAGAGACAACUGCUCGUCUGCAGGCCGAGAAGGAGGGCUUCAAUCGUGAGCACCAGAGCCAAGCGCUGCUACUUAACAACUUGGAAUUCAUCAAAGCAAAUCUGGAGCGCUCUGAGACCGAGGGACGCUUGCGUCUCGAGCAGCGUCUCGAUGAUACAGUGCGUGAGCUGUCCGCUCAGCGUCGUCACUUCCAAGAGGAGGAGGAGAAGUUCCGCGAAACGGUGAACGAAUUCAAGCGGCAAGCGGAAACGGCCAACAAGCUGAAGGAGGAAGAGCGUCUGCAGGCCGAGAAGUGGCAUCAAGAGCUCUUAGGAGUUCGCGAGGAGCUCGCUGCAAAGGUCAACCAGGUGAAUGAGCUGAGCAAGAAGUUGCAGGAGAGCCUCACCCCAUCCAAGGACGAGAAUCCCAUCACAGCGGCCAACAAAAAGGCACGUGAAUUCGAGCUGCGCUACGAACAGGCCAGAAUCGAGAUUGAAUCGCUCUCCAAGGAGUUAGCCAAGGCUCGCGAGCAUGGCGACCAGUUCUACAAGAUGUCCCAGUCCGCAGAGAGCGAAAUCAAACGAUUGCAUGAAAUGCACGCCGAGACCAUGGCCAAGUCCGAUGCGGAAAUCAAGAAAUUGAAGAACUCUGAGGCUGAGCUGCAGACGCGCGUCACUGAUCUGGAGGCUGAGCUACUGCUCGCCAAUGUGACUGAACAGAGCAAGACCACCAAUCAGUCGGAUCAGCUGAAAACCACCCAGGAGGAGCUCAAGAAUGUGCUGGAGAAGUUGACCGAAUCGGGUCGCACUAUUCGCAACCUGCGCAGUGAGAACUCAACGCUGGCCGAAUCCCUCAACUCCGUCGAGGUCAAGUAUGCCAAUGAGAUGAUGCUACAUUCCGCUGAUAUUCAGGAGCUGACCAAAUUCAAGGCGGACUUCUUGAAGAUGCAAGACGAACUCAAUCAACUGAAGUGCGGACGUGAAGCCUUGCAAGCGGCCCAUGAUGAGCUAAAAAAAGCAAACUCCGAGGCUCAGGGUCUGCUGCAGAAAGAGAAAGAAGAAUCAGAGAAACGUGUCGCUGACUUGAACGCACUCAAUUCCAGUCUGCACGAUCAGAUUGAGGCACUAACCACGAAGCUAGCCGCGCUCGCCAAGUCGGCGUCCAAUCAAAAUGCUCUCAACGAUUCGUUGCUGGAUAGCUCUUCGACCUUGGAUCUCAAUAGCUCCUCGGCUCUGGAUGAUGUGAAGAACAGCGAGCAGCUCCUGAAGAUUAUCAAAUUCCUACGCAAGGAGAAGGAUCUGUAUGCGGCCAAACUUGAUAUUCUAAAAGCAGAGAAUGCACGGCUCGUCUCGGAGCACACGAUUCUGCAGAAGAAGGUGGACGAGCUGAAUGGUUAUCUCAAGCAGGAGCGCUCCAAGAGCGAAACCGAUGUUGUCUCAGCUGCCAAGCAUGAGGCAGUGCUACGCAAGAUAGAAACCCUCAAUGCCAUCACCGAUAGCAAUCGCAUUCUGCGCGAGGAGCGCAAUACGCUGACCAAGCGGGUGAGCGAGCUGACGGAGCGCAUUAGCAGCUUGGAGAAAGAGCUGUUCCCGCUGCAGAGCAGUAACAAGGAGCUAACGUCCAAGAUUGAGGAGCUGAACGUGGAGAACAACUCGCUGCGCACCGAGGCCAUCAAGUGGCGUCAACGUGCCAAUGCUCUGGUCGAGAAGAGCAAUAGGAACCCGGAGGAAUUCAAGCGCUUGCAAGGAGAACGCGAGCAUCUGGCCAAGCUUCUGACAGCCGAAAAGGAAGCGAGCAAGAAACAGUCGGAUGAGCUGGCUGCCCUUAAGGCACGCUUGGACAACGAGCUGCCAGCGCUGAACAAGCUUUUGCAGCUGCAGGAUGAGUCGCGUAAGAAGCAGUUGGAGGAGGCCAAUGCGCUUAAGCAGGCGAACACGCGACACGCUCAGGACAUCAUGGAGCUGAAGAAUCGCCUGCUCCAGAAGGAGGAGGAGCUGUUAAAGGCUCAAGAAGACCUCGAGUCCAAGGAUAAGAUAAUACAGGACAAGGAGAGCAAAGAGCUAAUGCUGCGCAAGCUGGCAAAGCGCUACAAGGACUACUAUACGGGCCUGCAGGCACAGACUGGGGGCACCGAUACCGUUGCCGAGCUGGAGAAGGUGCGUUCCGAGCUGGACGAACUGAACAAUACCAUGCGUAGCACCAAGGAGCAGCACGAACAGCUGCAAAAGGAGUACGAUGAUCUCAAGUCGCGCUCCAACUUGGAUCAGGACGGCGGCGAGGCCAAGCAGAAGAUCGAGCACCUGCUGCAGGAGCUGACCGUAACCAAGACCGAGCUGGCUAACCAGGAGUCAACGUUCGCCGGCACCAAGACCAGCUAUGACGAGACUGUGCAACGUCUGGAGAAGGAGCUGCAGGAGCACAUUGCCAGCAAUAAGGACAUCAAUGCGCGUCUCACGCGUGAAAAUGAAUCCCUUCACAUGAGAAUCAAUCAGCUGCAGCGCCAGCUGGGUUCGCAACAGUCCACUAAGCCAUCCACCAGUUCUGUGGGCAUGGUCGAGAAGGGCAACAUCUCCGAAUCCUCGCCACGCACGGCCAAUGUGAAGCCCAUGUCCGGCUCGGCCACCGUUCAGCAAUCGGCCACGGUCACUCCAUGGCGUGGCGGUGAGACGCCCCUGGCUAGCAUUCGUCCAAUUUCAGUGCAGAACAGUCGCACGGCUGCCAUACUGCCCACAAGCCAGCAGCCAGGCGCCUCUACCUCAACUUCGACAUCGACGUCCACUUCAUCGGGUGCCGCUGCUUCGGGUAGCAGCAGCAGCAGUAGCAGCUCCUCAUCCGCUGUGGGCAACACGGCUUUAGUGCCGCCACAGCAACAGGUGCAUACCACAGGCAGCGCCACCUUGGAAUCGAUGGCCUCUUCGUCGCCCACAUCAUCGCACACAGAUUACAUGCCUUCGACCAGCUCGGCGGCUGUGGCCGUGGCGGCCAUUCCGCCCAUGGGCGCGACAGCUGCGGCUGAGAGCUCCCAAGAGGCGGAAAGCGUGCAGCAUCCGCAACAGAAUGAUGGACAGCUCUUUGCGGGUGGCACACAGCAGCAGGUGGUGGCACUCGUCUCACCGCGUGUGGAGGGCUCCUCGUCGUCAUCUUCUAGCAGCACUACCACAUCGACUUCCACACAGAAUCCAACUGUUCCUAGCGUCCAGGAGGCGAACAUUCAACAACAGCCCAGUACCUCGGGCAGCAGCAGCAGCUCUUCCACGGUGGUGAGCAGCCACAGUCGCCACACUCCCUCCAGCAGCAAUGUAACCACCACACAGGCAGGAUGCUCCAAGCGACCCCGUGAUGUGGAGGGUGACUCCUCCACCAAUGCUGAAGAGGGUGUACCCGAAAAGAUCGUAAAGCUAGCAAAGCGUCUGCGGGCUCCCAUGCACGGCGGCGAGCUAUCUGCCGGGCAUAUUGGCGAUUCUGGCAUGGAUGUGGACCAGAUGCCUACAUCGUCGCAGCGUGACCAGGAGGAUGAUAUUCAGGUCGAAGACUCUGAUGAUGAGGAGGAAGAUGUACUGGGGCCCAUCGAUGGCGGGGAUGCUGAGCAGGAAGAGGGCUACGAGGACUCCUACGAGCAGGACAACGAAAUGGAAGACAAUGCCGAUGCACCAGAUCAGCACAACGAAGUCGACAUUGAACAGGUGCAGAUGCAGGCUCAGGCCGAGGGACAGUUGCUGGAGGAUUCGCCUGCCACCGUCUCCACACAAGAGAAUAAUCAAAGCCAGGCCAUAACAAGCGGCAGUGGCGAAUCAAAUGCCCUUCAAUUGCCUCAGGCGGAGGCUAACUGGAAACAGCAGGCACCUUCCACAUCUUCAGCAGCAGCACGUCGCACUGAGAGCUCUGUUGAAAUCGUCAGCUCCCCACAAGUAUCCAACUUUAGCGAACAGCCCACAUGCGUAGAGGCGGAAGUCGAUGGCACAGCAGUGGCAGAAGCCGCAGCAGCAGCAGAUGAAAGCGCCGGCACGAGCGUUGAUUGCACCGCCGCCCUCGCCAGUUCGCCACAGAAGCCAAACGAGGCCGCCGAACAGAGCACUAGCAGUCAGGCAGCCGAGGCCAAAGACAAGUCAGAUGAAAGUGAGACAGCAGGUGCGGAGAACGUAAGCGAAGCAGACGAAGCCUUUGCCGAAGAGACAGCUCCAGGUCAGGCAGAGGACUCCCAGCAACAAAGCAAUGAGAAUCCAAAUGUGGGAACCAGUCAGUCGGUAGAGACGGAUAACCCGGAUAACCAGGCCGAAGGACCCUCAGAGGAAAACGAGGGCGCUGAUGGCGUCUCAUCAGAGGGUGAAAAACAGGCUGUUGAAGUUGAGGAGGAAGGUCGCGAAGCUGAGGCCACAUCUCCGUCGGAGAACACACGCUUUCGGACGCUGCGCAGCACAGUGCCGACGCGACGCGGCGGUCGCACUUUGAUGCGUGGCGGAAAUUCAAAUAAUAACAACAACAACAACAAUGCCAACAGGCCGGCGCGCAUUGUGUGGCAGCGUGAUUCACAACCUGGCAACAUGCGCGGAGGUCAUCCAGGUAACCAAGACCCCAACAUGCCCAGCGGAUCACCCAACACAAAUCGUAUGUUCGCCAAUCGUUCACGUGGCCGUCGGCCCAUGCGUCGUCCCGGACCAAACAACUUCAAUGCCGGCGGCGGCCCCGGUGGAUACCCUUGAGAAGAGAGGGGAGAGUCUGGCACAGGCUGACUUUAAUCCAUACUGCUAGUUCAUAAGGCUCUAGGCAUUUAAAUACACAUACAUAUACAUACAUAUAUAAGACCAACUGAAAAUACAAAAUACAAAUA